AUGGCUGGCAAGCAAGGGAGGCAGUGGAGGUCCAUGUGCAAAAGCCUGGUCCUGGGUAUCCUCCUGACCAGCUGCAUGAUCCUGCUUUACUGCCUCUCUACUCCACAGGUCCACUUCAGUCUGCCUGAAGUCCCAGUGCCUUACUCCUGUGCCCACCGUCCAUCCCAGCUCCACACCAAACCAACCACAAACAACUCAAAACAGACUGCUGGCCAGACCUGUACUCCUAAAGUGGAUAUCAUGUUCUUGAAGACCCACAAGACGGCUAGCAGCACCUUCCUCAACAUCCUUUUCCGCUUUGGAGAGAAGCACCAGCUCAAAUUUGCCUUCCCUGACAGCAGGAAUGACUUCUUCUAUCCUUCUGUUUUCCAGCGCUCGCAGGUUAAAGACUACAGACCUGGGAUGUGCUUCAAUAUUAUCUGUAAUCACAUGCGCUUCAAUGCACCGGAAGUGGCCAAGUUGCUCCCUAUGGAUACCUCUUACAUCACUAUCUUGCGAGAUCCUGCAGAGCUUUUUGAGUCAUCCUUUCACUACUUUGGCCGCCUGGUGCCUUUCACCUGGAAAAUACCAGGAGAUGACAAGCUGACUGAGUUUCUACGUGGCCCCAAUUACUACUUUGAUCCAGAGGGAUUCAACUCUUUCUACCUCAAGAAUCUGCUGUUCUUUGACUUCGGACAUGACAACACUCUGGAGCUGGAUGAUCCACGGGUGGAAGAGGGAAUCAAAUUCAUCAUUGACCAAUUUCAGCUUGUCAUGUUAGUGGAAUACUUUGAGGAAUCUCUCAUCCUGCUCAAGAAUGCCCUCUGCUGGGAGAUGGAUGAUUUGCUCUUCUUCAAGCUCAACGCCCGCAAGGGGUCCACUGUGUCUAAACUCACCCCAGAACUGAGGGCCAGGGCCCUUGAGUGGAAUGCUAUUGACUGGAGGCUAUACCAGCAUUUUAACCAGACCUUCUGGAAGAAAGUGGACGCAUAUGGACAUAGGCGUAUGGCUGAGGAUGUGGCAGAGCUCAGGAGGAGGAAUACGGAGAUGGCAGCAAUCUGCAUUGAAGGGGGUCAUGCUGUGGAUGCUGGCAGCAUCCAAGAGACAGCCAUGCAGCCCUGGCAGCCCAUCGGAGAGAAGUCCAUAAUGGGCUACAACCUGAAGAAGAAUGUGGACAAGGCAUAUCAGAAGUUGUGUCGUAAGAUGUUGAUGCCAGAGCUUCAGUACUUAACAGAGCUUGGGGUUAACCUGUGGAUCACCAAGCUGUGGGGCCAUGUCCGGGAUAUUAUUAACUGGUGA